GAAAAAGAGAAGAAAGGACAAUGAAAAAAAUGACCCCUUUGCCGCUAUUUUAAUACUGUAAUUUGAUAAAUAGACUAUUAAGAUAAAAAUUUAGAAUGAGACAGUAAGUCGGGAGAGUAUUUUCAUCCACAUUCUGUUUGCGAGAAUGGGUGAUUAAAGUGUUGGCGAAAAUCCGGUUAAAUUUUUUCAUUUGUGAUUCUGCAACUUGAGCGAGUUUACGGCACACCCAGUUCCAUUUCUUCAUCCUUCUCAACUCGAAUUAUUUCCGUCUUUCAUUAAUUUAGGUACGUGAAUAGCGAUUGAUGGGUAUCCGUCAGUCUUUUUGGUUCACUCGUGAGGGAAACUUCUUCUUUGAUAUUUUUUCUUUUUUAUUAUUAGAGACGCACUACUAGACAACUCGAACAACUCGAUAAUUUACCAGAAAAUUUAACAACCCCUUUGCUCUUUAUGCUUUAUUGGGCUGUUUCAGUGUGUAGAUUCCACGUCUAUGUGAUAUCUGUGGGCUGUUUGUUUGCUAGUGUUCUUGAUGGCUCGUGAAUUUGUUGACAAGCAGUACUGUAUUGGUGGGUUGGAAUUGAAAUUGCGAAUAUAAGCAGCAGAAAAUAGCUGAAACUGAAGGUGCCUCAUGGGAUUUUGCUUGUUAUUUGACUGUAAAGGUGCAAUCUUUAAGGUCAAUUUUCUUGUGGUUGAAUUGAUAUGGAAUCACAGCUGGGAUUGAUUGAACAAUCUUUUCAUGUUAGAUAUACAGUAUGGGUUAGGGAAGCACUCGACGAAUUGAGUGAUAGUUUUAUCAUCACCGAUCCUUGCAUUUCUGGGCAUCCUAUUGUGUUUGCUUCCAGUGGGUUUGUGAAAGUGUUUGGUUAUUCCAAGGAUGAGGUGGUUGGUAAAAAUGGUCGGAUGUUUCAGGGGCCUAAGACGGAUAGGAGGUCGGUGAUGAGAAUUCGGGAGGCAAUUCGAGAGGAGAAGGCUAUACAGAUUAGUUUGUGUAACUAUAGGAAAGAUGGUACUCCAUUUUGGAUGUUGUUUCAUAUGUCCCCAGUUUUUAGUAAGGAUGAUGGAAAAGUGAUUCACUUUUUGGCAGUUCAAGUACCUAUUUUUAGAAAGCAUGGGGGCUUUGGUUGUAGAGUUGUGAGGAAUGCUUCUAAAUUGCCCGAGGACAGGACGGGAGUACAUGACAUUGUAUUGAGAUGCUGUCGGAGAGAAGUGAGCCCUCCUUCAUCCACUGAUUUCGGACGUGGAUUGGCUUCCGAAUACUUGAUGAAUUCAGAGGAGAAAGAAUUGGAGGUUGAUCCGCCUUGCGAGGCAACUGAACAGGAUAAGGCAAAAGCUGCAGCUACUAUUACCAACGUUCUAUCUGUCUUAACACACUACAGUGAGGUGACUGGUAGAUUGGUAUGUGGAAAGCGAUGCUGCUUAUCUGGAAUGGGUCUCAUUGGGGCCUCCGCAAAUAUAUCAUUUGGUAGAAUCAAACAAAGCUUUGUAUUAACUGAUCCACACUUAGUUGACACGCCUAUUGUUUAUGCCAACGAUGCCUUCCUCAGAAUGACAGGAUAUGCUCGACAUGAGAUAUUAGGGCGUAAUUGUAGAUUUUUGAGUGGGCCGGAUACAGAUCCAGCCACUCAAUUUCAGGUUACUUUUCUGAUAUCUUUUCUUUUGAUUCAAAGAUUUCCUGCUAAGGAAGAUGGAUUGAUAACUGUAACCAUUGCUUAAUUCUUUUGUACAGAUCACGGAAAGCAUCCGGGCUGAGAAAUCGUGCACUGUGUACAUUCUAAAUUAUCGGAAAGACAAGACUGCAUUUUGGAAUUUUCUUCACAUUUCACCUGUACGGAAUGCUACAGGCAAGGUAAAUUUGUUUCUUUUCUUAAUCUCUGCACCUGUGGUGUCUGUGUUUUAAUGCUGUUGUUGAAUACAAAUAAUGUAGGGGACUAAUCAAAAGCAGUUCUUCGAAAUUAUUGGUAUUGAUACUAUCAUAAAAGAAAUGAUGGCUUAAAUGAUAGGAAAUGAUUGGUUAUCUUUUGUUUAAUUUCUAUGAGGUGGUACCUUUACUUAUUUGCAUGUACUAUGUUAAAUAUGUUAGUUCUCUUCCCAAAACAUGAUUGCCUCUGGCAAGACAAAUUGUUGAUGUGCUAUCAUCAGUUGAAAACUUGAAGUAGAUAUGGAAUGGGUUGCUCAAGAAAGAGAGGCUCACAAUUAUUGGUUACCCUGCUAUAGUCAUCAACUUUGCUGGUUUUUCUAUUGUUUUUCUUUUUCCCCUUUUGUUUAGCACGGGCCUUGGAAAAAUCAUAUAAACAACAAGCAGUUGAAUAAUGGAGGAUAUCCUUCUAUUGUGCUAUUUGGUACUUGCUAUUUCUAUCUCCAUUCAGUGACCACAUGUAUUAGUUUGUAAAGUUCUUUUAAGUGCCUAAUGUAAACUUCACAUUUGGAAAUGAAUUCCUAAGGAGGAUCCAGCAGCUUUUGAACUCUGGUUGGUUACUGCAUUUUUUGCAUACCGUCAGAGAUGGCAAUCUUUGUGCCGAUAUAUUAGCUAGGGAAGCAUUCAGUCUAGACAGGGAUGCAUAUUUCUUUGAUGUUUCCCCUAGUUUCAUUGAUGUAAUCUUAGAUAACGAUUCGAGUAAUCUAAGGUGACAAACUAGAAUGAACUCCCUAGAAUUGUCAUUGUUCUUGGUAUCAUGACCUAUUUAUAGUUAUGAAUGCAAUAUAAACAUAGACUUGUGAUGUAAUUGAUACCAUCUUAGUAUGGCAUCUAACUCAUUUGUUUCCUAAUUUCCUUUCGGUUCACUGGCUUUUGCAGGUGGCAUACUUUGUUGGAGUUCAGCUAUGUGAUAUUAGAUACAAUCAAGAUCAUCAAGGAUUGCAACCUGAGAUGCAACAUUUAAGCGUUGUAGGCGCUGUCAAGGUCGCCAUAAGGAGUUUAUCAAUGGUGGCGAGCACCUCUUAGCAAACUCUCCCCCUUUUGUUUAUUGUCAACAUCAUGCUACAUCUCACAACCUGGAAAGUCUUCCAUUGUGUUUUGUCAUGCAUUGUAGAUAAAAGGGAAGAUUUGACGGUAGAGAGGAGUUCUUUAUAUAGAAUGGGACCUUAUUCGACUGAUAUUCCCUGGUCCUAUGGAGAUAGUCAAGAAUAAACUAUUCCAACUCAAUGGCACAGCUUUAACUUUUCAAGUGACGGCUCUUCUCUACUUCAAAGUUAUUGAGUGUGUUUUUUUAUUUUUAUUUUUUUUAAUAAUGUAGAAGCUAAAUAGCUUGACUAAGGACGUCUACUCCUAAGGCUAGGAGUUAAUAAUCUAUCUAACAAAAGAUUAAAUCUUGGGUGAGAUGUGCCAAAAUAUGAAACUCACAUGUCCUAGAC